GGUCUGCUCACAAAAACGGACUUGGCCGGUUAUGGGACGAAUAUUGAAAAGCCACUGGUGGUCACUCUACCCAACGGAUUCACAUUGAAAGGACCGCAACCGCCUUCUGCGUUCACUGCGAUGAGUCUCCUGGUGGAGAUCAUGAUGAGCCAAUACAGUCGUGAGUCAAACGUUUCCAUGGAUGUCUCCUACAUCAGAGAGCUUCUGAGGGCUCAAACUAUAGCACUGGCAAGACUCGAACAACUAGCGAGACCUGGGAUGUGUACAUGCCUGAACGAUCAGCAGUUUCGACGCCGUGACGAGUGA